AUGCAGGAAAUCCAAGGACCGGUCGGCCAGGGCGGCCCCAGUGCUCCCGGCAACCGCUUCCCCGGACACGUCUCCAAGCCUUCUAACAGCGACACGGGCUUUUCCCACGGAGCUUUCACUUCCAACAUUUCUGGCUUCGCCGACAGGCACCCUCGCCGCGGUAACAUUCCCACCAUCAACACUCAGCCUUUGAGCCAGCACCAGCACCAGCAUCAGCAUGCCCCUCCGUCCGCUGCUGACAUGGCCACCCCUGGCACUGCCUUCGACAUGCAGUUCACGCCUCUGCUGCCCUCUCAGCUUCUUCUCGGAAGCCCUUUCCAACCCGGAACCCCCGCCGCCUUUGCUAGCCCUCAGUUCCAGAACCUCCAGAGCUUCCAGCAGGCCCAGCAGCAGGCUCAGCAGCAACAGCAGAAUGGUCCCAUGAGCCCUGUCCAGCAGAGCAUGUCUCCUCAGCAGUACCAGGCCAUGGUCUCUCCUUCCACCUAUGGCGCGCCCCAGUUCUUCCAGCCUCAGUCCCCGACCAGCGGCGGCUUCAGCAACAUGCAGAUUCCCAUGCAGCCCAGCUCGCCCGUCUCCAUGGGUCCUGGCAUGGUCACCGGCACCAGCCGUACCGUCUACCUUGGCAACAUUCCCCCUGACACGUCGGCUGAGGAGAUUCUGGGACACGUCCGAAGUGGUCAAAUCGAGUCCGUCCGUCUGCUGCCCGACAAGAACUGCGCCUUCAUCUCCUUCCUGGACGCCAGCUCUGCCACCCACUUCCACUCUGAUGCCAUCUUGAAAAAGCUCUGCAUCAAGGGCCAGGACAUCAAGGUCGGUUGGGGCAAGCCUUCCCAGGUCCCCACCUCGGUGGCUUUGGCUGUUCAGCAGUCCGGCGCUUCCCGUAACGUGUACUUGGGCAACCUGCCGGAGGAUAUCACCGAGGAGGAGCUGCGUGAGGACCUGGGCAAGUUUGGCGCCAUUGAUACGGUCAAGAUCGUCCGCGAGAAGAGCAUCGCCUUCAUUCACUUCCUGUCCAUCGCCAAUGCGAUCAAGGCGGUUUCUCAGCUCCCCCAAGAGCCGAAGUGGCAGGCUCCCCGUCGCGUUUACUACGGCAAGGACCGUUGUGCCUACGUUUCGAAGACUCAGCAGCAGAACGCUGCUCAGUACCUUGGAAUUGCGCCCGGCUACGCGCACAUGCUCACUGGUGCAGACCGCGAUUUGAUCUCCAGCGCCUUGGCCCAACAGUCUGUGGCUGCGGCUGCCGUCGCCACAACCGCUGGUGGUAUCAACAACCUCGGAAACCGUACCAUUUACCUGGGCAACAUCCACCCCGAGACGACGAUCGAGGAAAUCUGCAACGUCGUCCGUGGCGGUCUCCUUCACCACAUCCGUUACAUCCCCGACAAGCACAUCUGCUUCGUCACCUUCAUCGAUCCCACCGCGGCCGCUUCCUUCUAUGCUCUCAGCAACAUUCAGGGCCUCAUGAUCCACAACCGUAGACUCAAGAUCGGAUGGGGCAAGCACUCCGGGGCUCUGCCUCCCGCGAUUGCUCUCGCCGUCAGUGGAGGUGCAUCCCGCAACGUGUACAUCGGCAACUUAGACGAGACCUGGACCGAGGAGCGCUUGAGACAGGAUUUCUCCGAGUACGGCGAGAUUGAGCUGGUCAACACCUUGAGGGAGAAGAGCUGCGCGUUUGUCAACUUCACGAACAUUGCCAACGCCAUCAAGGCCAUCGAGGCCGUCCGUAGCAAGGAUGAGUACAAGAAGUUCAAGGUCAACUUCGGCAAGGAUCGUUGCGGAAACCCCCCUCGUCAGCUGUCUCAGCAGCAGGCUCAGUCUCCUCGCACCGAUGGAGUGUCCUCCCCGCCGCCUACGGGCUCGCAGAACUCUGGUUCCCCGACGAACGGCAACACCCCCCAGCAGUCGGCGACCCUGUUCAACGGUAACAACAACCCCUUGACUCUCUACCUGAACCAGGUCUCCCACCAGGCGCAGCACCAGCAGCAUCAACAGCAGCAGCAAUACCAUGUUCAGCAACAAGCGCUUUUCGGCACGGCCCAGUCUUCGCCCAGCGAGCUGUCUAUUGAUAUGCAAUCGCAAGGCCCCAUUUCGGGCCACCAACAAUCUGCCAGCAUCUCGAAUGGCUACCCCCAGAGCGCUUCUGGCCCCGGGCCCACCACCAUUGGCGGCCUCUUGGCUCCCGGCAACGGUCGUGGUCAGCACAACCGUGCUGUCAGCUUGCCUGCCCUGAACCCUGGCUUCGAGAAUGGCGGUGUGCCCUCACACGAGGGCCCAGAGCGCCGUGGCCACCAGUACCAGGCCAGCUUCGGCGGCAUGGGUGCCGGCUACGGUCUCGCCAUUCAGGGUGGUUUGAACGGCUGGGUCGAGGAAGAGGUCGCCAACUAG